AUGGCGCCUCUCGGUGAUGGAGUUGCACCCCCGGCGGUGGCCACCUCCGGCCUCGUCGUCUCCUUCGGCGAGAUGCUGAUCGAUUUCGUGCCGGACGUGGCCGGCGUCUCGCUCGCCGAGUCGGGCGGUUUCGUCAAGGCACCCGGCGGCGCGCCGGCCAACGUAGCUUGCGCCGUCUCCAAGCUCGGCGGCUCCUCCGCCUUCGUCGGCAAGUUUGGCGACGACGAGUUCGGUCACAUGCUCGUGGAGAUCCUGAAGCAGAACGGCGUGAACGCGGAGGGGUGCCUGUUCGACCAGCACGCCCGCACCGCCCUAGCCUUCGUCACCCUCAAGUCCAACGGCGAGCGUGAAUUCAUGUUUUACCGCAACCCGUCGGCCGAUAUGCUACUGACGGAGGCUGAGCUCAACUUGGACCUGAUUAGCAGCGCCCGCGUAUUCCACUACGGCUCCAUCUCGCUCAUCACCGAGCCCUGCCGCUCGGCGCACGUGGCCGCCAUGCGCGCCGCCAAGGCUGGCGGCAUCCUCUGCUCGUACGACCCCAAUGUGCGCAUCCCGCUCUGGCCCUCGGAGCAGGCUGCUCGCGACGGCAUCAUGAGCAUCUGGAAGGAGGCCGACUUCAUCAAGCUCAGUGACGAGGAGGUGGCCUUCCUCACCCAGGGCGACCCCAACGACGAGGCCAAUGUCCUCUCACUCUGGUUUGAGGGCCUCAAGCUGCUCAUCGUCACCGACGGCGAGAGGGGAUGCAGGUACUUCACUAAAGAUUUCAAGGGGUCUGUCCCUGGGUACGCCGUCAAGACCGUCGACACCACUGGUGCUGGCGAUGCCUUCGUCGGGUCUUUCCUCGUCAAUGUUGCCAAGGACGACUCCAUCUUCUACAACGAGGAGAAGCUGAGGGAGGUGCUGCAGUUCUGCAACGCGUGCGGGGCCAUCUGCACCACCAAGAAGGGAGCCAUCCCGGCACUGCCCACCACCGCCGACGCUAUGGAGGUCAUUAGCAAGGGCAGCAACUAA